AUGGCAAAGGGUGGUUAUACGGAUCAUAUAGCCCACCAAGUGGAGCUGUAUAGGAAAAAGGAACAUGAUCAAAAAGACCAGGACCAAGAGACCCUCAGGAAACUUAAUCAAAUACAACUGAUGGAUAACAAGAGGAUGGAGAAGAAGCAGGCUCUGGUUUAUGCAGAAUCAGGCUCCACUAAAUCAACUAGUACCACCACCACAGCCGAACCAGGUUCCAGCUCCAACCGUUCCAGCCACCGCCGAUGGUUCCAGUUGUCUCCUACCCACAGCCAGCUUUUGAUCAAGCACAGCCCUGGAGAGGAAGAGAUCAAAGAAAUUUCGGAAGAGGAUGGUUUAAUCCAAACUUUCAACAGCAAUCAAACGAAUGUUAUACUUGUGGACAACAAGGCCAUUUUGCUCGCGAGUGCAACUGGUCCAGAGGAAACUUCAGAGGAGGAUCAGAGGAAGUAUAUUCUGUUUAAUGAGGUUAGGUGGAUGAAAAUUAAAGAUGAUUGUUCCCUUGUCCUGCGUAACGUUACUCGGGAAGAUGAAGGGGAAUAUAUGUGUACAUAUCGAGAGCCAGAGUUUAAAUUUGUUCCAUCUAGCCACUCUUGGAUUGAAAGUUACGUAAGUCGUAAGGUGAGACUUAUGAUAACAAACCUAAGACCUGUUGAAGUAACCACUGCAAAGGUAAAUAACACACGGAUAGAGGCUGCUACUUUAAAUUUGAAAUCAAUAAAUAAUGAUAAUGCGUUCAAUCAGAGUACUACCUUGGUGACAACAUUAACGCCUAGGAAAUUGGAGAAUGUGACACAGACAUUUGAUAAAGUAUCCUUGAAAGUGAAAGAGAUGGUAAAUGAGAGCCGGAAGUCUAUGUUGGAGAUGGGGAUUAGUGUGAAUAGUAGGAAGGAGAUUGAGGAAGUGAAGGUUGGAAAUUCAUCUGAGACUGUUCAGAGGAAUAUUGUAGAUGUGGGAAAGGAGUUUGUUGACUCGGAUCAGAUAUCACAGGAGAUGUUUGAACAGAACCAUGUAUUGCAGAAGAGAGAAGCUAAGUGGAAAGCAUAUGGAUUUAAUGCUUCAGUGUUGGGAAUUGUAGACCCAUGGGCAGGUAGAAAUUUAUGGUUUCAGCAGUUAACACACUCAGUGAGAUCAAUCAAGAAAUUGAAGGGCCCAUGUGUGUUGAAAGUACCGGAACCAUUAACUACUUCAUGUCAAUCUUCUGUACUGUCAUGGCUCUUGUAUCAACAGCAAUCAUCAGUGGAUAAAGUGAUGGCUUUAUCAGUGAACCUUUUUAAGCCUAGAUUGAAUUGUUCUUGGUUGGCAGGAUUACCAUAUGAGAAUUUACUUGAACAACAUGAAAACGUGAUGACAGCGGUACCUGAUCCGAUGGAAGUGAAACCUGUGAGGGCAAAGAAUUGGAAAUCCACCAUCUGCACCUGUCAGUCGAGCGCCCCCAGCUCCUUUAACUACCAGUGGAGCGCCCCCAGCUCCUGUAACUACCAGUCAAGCACCCCCAGCUCAUUUACCUGCCAGUCAACUGCCCUCAGCUCACGCAACUACUAG